AUUCUUUUUUCAAAAAGCAUUUUAAAAUUGCUUAUUACCUCCUGUGUUUUGACUAUAUAGUCAAAGCCCAUUUCUAUGUUUAAAAAGUAACUGUCCUCAUCAUUAGAGAAGCAGCAUAGCAUAAUGAAAACAGCUCUAACUUUUUCCCAGUUUUUUUUUUGUGGGAAAAUAUACAUAAUGUACUAUUUACUGUCGUAACCAUUUUCAAGUGUAGCAUUCAGUGGUGUUAAAUACAUUCAUAAUGCUGUGCAGCCAUUGCCACCAUCCAUCUCCAGAACUCUUUUCUUGUAAAACUAAAACUUUGCACCCGUUUAGAAGUAACUCCAUUUGAGGUAAGUGGUUGCUGACUGGAUCACUUCAGAUUCACAUGGUGGUAGGUUUUUCUCCAGCUUUGUUUAGCUGUAUAGGUAUCCAGAGUAGGUAGAGUUGGUUAAAGUAGAUUAUGGCUCAUCCAAAUGAAUAAAAUGAAGUGAGACCAGAACAAGGAGUAUGGGGGGAUACGCAGGGGAGUGAGACUGCAUUUCACCUAAAGUUUUCAGAAUGUAUCUAUAACAUAAGAAAUAAAAAAUAACCACAAGCAAAUGAAUAAUAGUCCUAACUUAGAUUUAGUUACUCAAAUUUGUCUGAUUCUCAGAAAUGUUUUUUAUACUUAAUUUGUUCAAAUCAGACCCAAACAAGGUCUGUACAUUGCAUUUGAUCCCUGUGCCUCAUAAAUCACUUAAUAUCACUUUCCUCUUACUCCCCAUUUUUCAUGUCAUUCAUUUGUUAAAAAUAAUUGGUACUUUUGUCAUGUAUUUUGUCAUAUUUUACAUCUGGCUGGCUGAAUUCUUGUGGCACUAUUUUAAAACUAAAAAAUUUUUUUAAAUCAUGGUAAAUUAUACAUAAAAUUUGCUGUCAUAAUAAUCAUUUUUAAGUGUACAGGUCAGUAGUGUUAAGUAUAUUCACAUUGUUGUGUCCUGUGUUAUUUUUAACAUGUUCCUCUGUCUCCCUUAUUUAGUGUAAAUUGGUACCAGAUCUAGAGAGGCUUGAUUUGAUUCAAGUUUGAUUUUUUAUUUUUAAUUUUUUGAAUGAAGGGGCAAGGGCAUUUGUAAUGUUGGGAUGUAAGUCUAGUUGUCCCAAUAAUGACAUUAAUCCUUGGAUUGAAGUCUUUUAGCCUGAUUAUUUAAAAUUUUUCCUGUGGAUUUUUUUCACAUAAUGCUUUAAUUAACCAUUGAUGAUCAUCUAUUUUUUUCAUAUGCGAUUGUAAAAGGAUUUUUUUUCUGAUUAUGUAACUCUUUCUGCAUUUAUUAGCUGGAACUCUGUUAAGAACGCUUCCUCGUCUAGUGUCUGCCAGAAAUGUAGGAUUAAUGCUUGAUUCUUUCCCUUUAUUGUCCAAUUUUCAGGUGAUGAGUUUUUUUUUUUUAAAUUAACAGUUUGGAUUCAUGCAGUUUAUAAUGACUCAUAGUCAUUCUUUUGAUGUUCAGAUUGCCUUAUCUGCAGCCAGUGGGACCUCUUCAAGCUGGCUCCUGUGUUCUUCACAGCCACAGCAUCUUCUUUAGUGUCAGACUUAAUGGUAUUUUUCUGAUCCCAGAACUGAAAUCCUCCAUUUCUGCAACGAACUCCUAGUCCUUUUAGUGGAAAAUUGUAUUUAGAGAUCAUAAUAUGUGUAUCUACUUUUAAAAAAAUGUGUUGUUACUUGAUUCCUCCAAAUACUGAUUGAUUUCUUUUCUUAAUUCAACAGGCAUGCCCAAAGAAAAAUACGAGCCCCCUGACCCUCGGAGGAUGUACACAAUUAUGUCCUCUGAGGAAGCAGCAAACGGAAAGAAAGCACGUUGGGUGGAGCUUGAAAUAAGUGGAAAAGUAAGAAGCUUAAGCUCAUCUUUGUGGUCACUAACUCACUUGACAGCUUUGUAUCUAAGUGACAAUUUCCUGUCCCGCAUUCCUUCAGACAUUGCCAAGCUUCACAAUCUGGUGUAUCUGGACCUGUCCCGUAAUAAAAUCCGGAGUUUACCGGCAGAACUCGGAAACAUGGCAUCACUCAGGGAACUCCAUUUAAAUAACAACCUGUUACGAGUUCUACCUUUUGAGCUGGGAAAACUGUUUCAGUUGCAGACUUUAGGCCUGAAAGGAAAUCCACUCACCCACGAUAUAUUAAAUCUCUAUCUGGAACCAGAUGGAACAAGAAGGCUACUGAACUAUUUGCUUGAUAAUUUGGCAGGUACUGCAAAAAGAAUUUCAACAGACCAGCCACCACCAAGAUCUUGGAUUAUGCUACAAGAACCAGACAGAACACGGCCAACUGCCUUGUUUUCUGUCAUGUGCUAUAAUGUUCUUUGUGAUAAGUAUGCGACCCGGCAGCUGUACGGCUACUGUCCGUCGUGGGCGCUGGACUGGGACUACAGGAAGAAGGCCAUCAUCCAGGAAAUCCUGAGCUGCAACGCUGAUGUCGUGAGUCUUCAGGAGGUUGAAACGGAACAGUAUUACAGUUUUUUUCUGGUAGAACUGAAAGAACGUGGCUAUAAUGGGUUCUUUAGUCCUAAAUCUAGAGCUAGGACAAUGUCAGAACAAGAGAGAAAACACGUCGAUGGCUGUGCAAUAUUCUUCAAGACAGAAAAAUUUACUUUGGUUCAGAAACACACUGUUGAAUUUAAUCAGCUAGCAAUGGCAAAUUCAGAAGGAUCUGAAGCUAUGCUGAACAGAGUCAUGACAAAAGAUAACAUUGGAGUUGCUGUACUGCUGGAACUUCGAAAGGAGUUGAUUGAAAUAUCAUCUGGAAAGCCACAUCUUGGAACAGAAAAGCAACUUAUUCUCGUGGCUAAUGCUCACAUGCAUUGGGACCCUGAGUACUCCGAUGUGAAGCUGGUUCAGACGAUGAUGUUCCUCUCAGAAGUGAAGAACAUUAUUGAUAAAGCCUCCAGAGGCCUCCAGUCCAGUGUAUUGGGAGAAUUUGGAACUAUUCCUCUGGUGUUGUGUGCAGAUCUUAAUUCUUUGCCAGACUCUGGUGUUGUAGAGUAUUUGAGCACUGGUGGAGUAGAAACAAACCAUAAAGACUUCAAGGAACUGAGAUACAAUGAAAGUCUUACAAACUUCAGCUGUAAUGGGAAAAAUGGGACAGCCAACGGAAGGAUCACUCACGGUUUCAAGUUAAAGAGUGCCUACGAGAGUGGCCUGAUGCCUUACACAAAUUACACGUUUGAUUUUAAGGGUAUAAUAGACUACAUCUUCUAUUCUAAACCUCAGCUGAACACUCUCGGCAUCCUGGGACCCCUGGACCACCACUGGCUGGUUGAGAACAACAUCAGCGGCUGCCCGCACCCACUCAUCCCCUCCGACCACUUCUCACUUUUUGCACAGCUGGAGCUCUUACUGCCUUUCCUGCCCCAGGUUAAUGGCAUUCACCUUCCUGGCAGGAGGUAGCCACGUACCUUCAGAGGAUGACCUCAGUUUUACUCGUAAACUCGUAGAAAAUCUGAAUAUAGGGGAGUGAGGUAUGGCCAUUAGGGAUUUUUUUUUCCUUAAUAAUAAUGAUUUGGGUUUUCAAUCUGAUUAUUUGAUAAGGAUAUGGUAUGAAAGCCAGGUGCUAGCAACAGACAAACUCUGAGCCCAAUAUGCUUUAUAUACUGUUAGACAGGGAUUGGUGUGUUUGCACCUAUCUUUAAUUUGUUACAAGUAAUUUUCCUGUUUCUUGUACCCAAUAUAAUAUUUUCAUGCCUUGAAAUAGGAAAAUGUUGGAACAGCAUAUUCUCUUUGCACAGAAAUCUGUAGCACUACAUUUUUGAGGCCAGUAAUAACAUCCAGAGACCAUUCUUCCACACUCUUCUCCUCCUUUUUCAGACAUGUUUGUAAAAUACAGAAUUUGAAUUUCGCCUUUAUGAUUGUAUAUGAUCCACAGAAGACCUGAUUUAUGAAAUUUUGUACUAAAAAAAUCAGAUUUGGAGAUGACUGUAUUGUAAUGUAAGGCUAAUUUUUUUUGCCUGUUUCAUGUGUUAUAAAGGCCAGCUUGUAAAAGAGGUUGCGACAGACUUUUCUCUGCUGAUUUGUGCUGUUAGGGUUUUGUUAGCCCUUUUGUACUACUUUGUUUUUUAAUCGAGAACAUUACUCUUUAAAUCUGAAUCUGUUUAAAGCUUAGGACAUUUUCUUGGACCAGAGGCAACUUACCCAUGAAUUCCUGGGUUUUUACAAAAAACUAUCUUAUCUACCAGGACGGGUAAGUUGAGCGGUGAACGAUCUGUAGGCAUUUAUGGACUGAAUGUGAUGGUCAAUAUAUGUACAUUCUGAUAUUUUAAAAUCUUUAACUUUUUUAAGUUAAAAAAAAUUACAGCUGCUUAAGUACAGCUUCUUAACUCCUUUUUGAGAUACUUCUUGUCCUAUCUCUGCUGUGCCUGCCUGAGUUUAUUCUCACCACACACUGCCUGUGCAUGCAGAGAAAAUCUGUGCAUCCUCUUUUAUAUUUUUUAAAUACUGUUUAACAUUUGUGAGUUUUAUGAAAAUGCUUUUUGUAUGAACUGUGGCUUUUUUCCUUUGUGAAGCAUUGAAUGUCACAUUUUGGAACAUGCUCAUAGGGUGGGCCCCUGGGCCUUUGCUCACCAGGCCCAAGCACUGCUUCUUGGUGUCAUCACACAGUGCUGUUCAUCACCCAGAAUACUACUAUCAUGUGAAUUCUUUUUGUUUUCCAUGUAUUCUUUAGUCUCCAUGUUUUGUUUUUUUUUAAAUCAUUCCUUUAAAAAAAAAAGAUAAUUUUCCAUUUAUGAAGCAGUAUAAAAAUAAAUGAGAUGUAUUUUCAAAACAGGUCCCUAAGACAGUUCUUCAGAUCAUUUUUAAAGUGACUAAGUCAUUUUAAUAUGUCAACCAAGAUAAGAGUUAUUACACCCUGUAUUUUGCCCUUAGUGCCAUUAGUAGAGUAGAAAUUAAAGCCAGCUUUAACUUCGCAAAGUAACUUGUAUAUGUUCUGUUCUCAUCCAUUCAUUCUUCUCUUAAAAAUCAAAUGAAUUCAGAGGGAACUUGAUCUAACUGCUUUUGUUUCAACUGCAGGCAGGGAAGCAAAAGGACACCAUGUAUGUGAGCAUUAAGAAAAGAAAUUGUUGAAUGUUAGUAACAAUUUUUAUACAGAGAAUGAGUCAUUUUGGAUAAUGACUUAAAAUUUUAUGAAAAAUGUUCAGCACUUAAAUGUGCUUAUUCUGUUUUUAAGAGAAAAUAAAAUUGCAUACUGUUUAAGUAAAUGAUUCUUUUUUUUUUUUUCUUUUUUCUUUUUUUUUCUUUCUUUUUCUUUUAAAAAAAUUCUCCAGAAGAUUUUGAUCUUGAAUCUUUGGGACCUGGUUUUUCCUUUGAGGUGUUUUUGUUUGUUUGUUUUUUAAGAUUUUGUUGUGAUUUUUUUUAAUUUUUACUUUUUGUUUUAAGUUGUGCUGACACCAAACACAUCCAGUUUAUAAUCAGUACAUUGAAAGCUGGUGUUACUGAUACGAAACCAAUGCAUAACUUUUUAUGGGGCUUCUGUUUCUAAUUUUAUUUGGGGGGUUUUUUUUUGUUUUGUUUUUUGUUUCGUUUUGUUUUUGCAAAGUGUGAAUAAAAGAUGUGUUUACUCAUU